UAAUUUGAGUUUUUACUCGGUGACACUCAAUAGUAUAGAAGAUUACUCCUACUCCAGGACUGCUGAUUUGAGUAAUAUAUUCAAACAACACCUCCACACUAGUGCUGUGCUGAGCACUCUGUCAAUUUCCUCCAUUGUCUCAAGAAAGCGCCAAAAUUUCUUCUUUCAUUAACUUCAAACAGUCCUUCACUACAAAUGUCAAUUACUUAAAACGAAGGUUUUCCUCCGGGGAUUUAUCCUCGGAGUUAGACGAUGAUCCUCAGGCACAGCAGGGACCCCCACCGCAGGGAGUUCCACCGGCCCCGCUGCAGCAACCGACAGCGACAGGGACAGGGCCUAGCCCGGCCAUGGGGGGAACAGGACCACCCAAUAGUGGGGACCUCUCACUGAACCUUACCAAGCAGCAGAGUUCCCGCACGACCAGCGCCCCGUCUAGCCCCGCCAAGACCAGGGAGUCCCUGCUGCAGAGGGUCCAGAGCUUGACGGGGGUGGCUAGAGAUCAGGGAGCCUCGCUUAUUGGUAACGUUGGGGCCGCAGUGACUGGAGCAGCUGGCAGACCUGUCUUCAACAAAGACCGCUGCUUCACACUCCUUGUUAUAGAUGACCAAAACACCGACUGGUCUAAGUACUUCCGAGGGCGAAGGCUCCAUGGAGAUUACGACAUUCGAGUGGAGCAAGCGGAGUUCAAAGAGCUAUCUGUGACAGCCAACAGUGACUCUGGUACCACCGUCAGCAUGGGAGUCUACCGCAACGGCACCAAGGUCGUCAGAUCAUUCAGGCCAGACUUUGUGCUGAUUCGACAAAACCUCAGGGAUGCUGGAGAGGAUAAUAAGAAUCUGCUUUUGGGAUUCAAGUUUGGAGGAGUACCUAGCAUAAACACCUUACAUGCUGUAUAUAACUUCCAGGAUAAACCUUGGGUAUUUGCUCAUCUCCUCCAAAUACAAAGACGAUUAGGCAAAGAAAACUUCCCUCUUAUUGAACAAACUUACUAUCCAAACUUCAGAGAGAUGCUGAGUGCACCUAGAUUCCCAGUUGUGUUCAAAAUCGGCCACGCACACAGUGGCUUGGGAAAAGUAAAAGUAGAAAACAACGCAGACUUCCAAGACAUGGCUUCAGUUGUGGCAGUCGCCAAUACUUACUGCACUACUGAGCCCUACGUUGACAGCAAGUACGACAUUCAUGUGCAGAAAAUUGGCGAUAACUACAAGUCUUUCAUGAGGAAAUCAAUAUCAGGAAACUGGAAAACGAACACAGGUUCUGCGAUGCUUGAGCAAAUCCAGAUGCCAGAUAGGUACAAGAUGUGGCUGGACGAAGUAGCAGCCAUGUUUGGAGGUCUAGACAUCUGCGCCCUGGAGAUGAUCGUGGCGAGGGACGGACGAGAGUUCAUCAUAGAGGUCAACGACAGUGCUCUGUCUCUCAUGGGAGACACUCAGGAGGAAGAUCGUAGACACAUCGCUGACUUGGUCACCCAGAGAAUGCAGCAACUCUGUCGCCCAGCCACCCUUACCAAGACUGCUUCCCGCACCUCCAUGUCCAGUGUUCAGAGCACCACCAGCGGCUACGGAGGAUCUGUGGGGAGUGUUGCUGCCCCCACUACUCCUCCGGAGGAACGACCGGGAAUUCCGGACCUUCCCGCUUCCGGAACAAGCCCACAACCCCGCCGAGAUUCUCAAGCAUCGCAAAGCAGCACAAUGAGCAGCGUGAGUCAGCAGUCAGCAGCGCGACGAACGGAAGACUCGGCUCAGAGUCAGCGAGCAGCUUUUGGUCGUCAAGGAUCCACCACGGGCAGUGUAGGAGGUCCGGGCGGAGGUGAGGACACAGAAGACACAAUGAAAAACCUGCGGAAAACCUUUGCAGGAAUCUUCGGCGAUAUGUAAAUUAUGAAAUUGGUUAUUAUUAUAAAUGUUAUGACAUUCAUGUUAAGUUAUUGAUGUAUAUUACUAGUUGAUUCACUGUGAUACGUUAAUAUUUAUUUUGACUUUGUUUCAUUCUCGUAUAGAUUCACUAUACGUUACCUGGUAAAUACUCAAUACAAAAUCGAAGGUGAUCUUAGUGUAAUUGGAAUGUUGUAAUAGUUGAUGUAUAAACAGUUUUGUAAUUAAAUGAAUGAUUACUUCUCAUAAGAACAUUCUUAUUUAUAGUAUUUUCCAUUGUAAGUUGUAUUAUGUAAUUUAGUAUGAAAGAGGUUUUCUAGCACAAAAAUAUUCAUGCAAUGGUUAUAUUGUAUCAAAAACAAUUUAAAUAUUGUCUUGACAAAAAUAUGUUUACAGUCGACCCUAAGUUUUGUGAUGUAUGUAUUUAAUUAUUACUUAUUAUGAAACUGUUGAUAUCAUAACAUUGAUAAUACAUAACCAAUGAUUCUCAGAUCUUCGUAGACUGUUAUUGUAGAGUUUCAGUUGAGUGUAACGCUUAUAGUGAAGCUUUCAGUGGGCACUUUCAUUAAUCUUGCUGUCAUUAAACUCAUAACCAGUAUUUAAUGUCCAUCGCAGUUCACACAAACGAGUUGGUGUGUUUAUAAAUAAUAAAACAUAAAGUGUCUUAAUGUCAUACCAUUAAUAAGCAGUAAGAGUAACAAAUGUUGUUAAACAUGUUAGCCGUUUGGCAGCUAUGUUUCUCUGAGGAAUUUUUCCAAUCUCUUGUAGGGAAUUCUUUAGGAGUCAUAGUUUAGAGUAGUGGGCCUCCAUUUUUAUAAGAUCAAAAAAAAUUAUAAUGGUGUGGUAAACGUUUGCUAGAUAAUUUUAGACGCCAAUAUCUUAACGAAAAUAUUUUAUACUUUUAAUUGGUGUAUCAAAACGAAACUAGAUCUAAGUGAAUGUUUUGAAAUAAAUUGAACAUGUAGGUACAUUCGUUACAAAGGCUUUUAUUGUUAACAAAUAUUUUUUUAGAUACAGUAUACUUACUUAAUUUGUACCAAAAAGUGAGGUUUCAUGGCAAUUAUGUGGGUGCACAAUGAAAGAAUUUAGUUUUGAAAAGAAUAUCUAUAUAAAAUGUAUCUCUAAAGAAAUUAAGACAAUAUACAAGUAGAUUAAGGACUUUUAUAUUACCCAUUAAUUGUGUUAAGAAUCAAUAUACUUAUAAGGAGGCCUCUUCAAUUUGUUUACUGUUUUCAUGAUAUUUUGUGAUCAUUUACUUCAUAUAAGUUUAAAAAAUAUAUAAAAAUAUUGCAACUUUAUUUUGCUGCUCUGUAGUGAAAUAGUUCUAUAAUAAAAGUGCUGUAUACAUAUCUUUUAGUAUGUAUGUUUUAUACUUACUUCUUUUUCAUAAAUGUUGUUAAUAUAUUAUGUAAAAUUGUUGUUGGGUUUCAUUCUUGACAGAUUUUUGAAUCCGCAUCGAAUGAAUGUUUUAAUUUUCUCAUUGAAAAGUUAGUACCGCAUUUCUGGUGUAUCUGCUCAAACCUUGCAACUGAAAAUUUACAGCUAUUUUAAUACAAUACUGAAAUUUACACUGUUCAAAAUUAUAGAGAAUGAUCUUUACAAUGUUAGCUGUUUAACCAUGUAUUGAUGUUGUUAUUUUAGGAGUACACAAAAAUAAGUGGAAUUGGGUUUCUCCAAAUUUAUAUAUUUCUCAAACAAUAGCCACUAAGCUUUUGUGCCUUAGCGGAAAAAAACCCAGAUGAUGUUUGCAGAUUGAAAAAAAAUACUGCCAUAAAUUCUUAUAGAUCAUGACACAUGAAAUACUUUAGGUUGCAUACUUGUUUGGUGAGACUAAAUGAACACUCUAUGUUGAUAGAGUUGUUGUAUCAUAAAACUGCAUGUGUACAUCAUUUUGAGGUGUAAAACAAUAAACCACUUAAUUUGUUAUCUAAAUUUUAAAUUAGUUGAUUAGAAACAAGGUAUUUUACCCAAGACAUUAAAACUUAAUUUUAAUCUGACGAGUUUUACUUUUGCCCACUGCCAAAAUUGUCUGUUCAUUAAUUGAUUUUGAUGAUAUUGAUGUGAAUAGACAAGAUAAAACUUGAUAACAAUAUAUUUUGCAGGUGAUAUAUUUUAAAUUAGAAUAAACUAUUUAAAGAGGACUUUAAUGUAUUAUACAUUUUUAUUCCACAAUUCAACUUAUCUAUCUAUAUAUUAUUUUUCAUUAAAGCACUGCUAUUUCGUUAAAAAAUGUAAAAAGUAUUUGAAUUGAAAAAUAUUAUCAUUUAAAUUAUCUAUUUGAGCACCAAAGUUCCUUUUAAAACCCACUCAUGUUUAAUCGUCUUUUUUCCGAUUGUUUAACUGUAGUUUUAUCAAAGCUAGUAUAAAACUUGUAAAUUAAAACUAGUCACUGUAAAAUAAUUACAAAGUUUAUAUUAUGUGCAAUAACAAGUUGAUGUAAAGUAUUUAAUUUAAGCAUUUUCUGUUGAUUUUUCCUUAUGAAAACAGCUUGAAAACCAAAGAUUAGACUGUACUGUUACACCUAUUACUUUUGUAAUGGGAAUGUUAUUUAACAUUAUAGAUAAGGCAAUAUAGUAAAGCUAAUGUUAACACAUGCUGGGUAUCUUGAAAUGGUUUAUUGUAUUCAAGAUCACUAACACAGCAUCUCAGCCUUGGUUCUUAGAAAAUGUAAAUAUGUAUUCUGAUUAUGAUACAGGUUUAAUAUCAGUGAUGAAAAUUUUAGCACAAAUUUUGUAGAGCAUUUCCUUUUUAGCCCCGUCCGUUGGUAAAAAAUAUAAAAAUACUCUGGUACAGACUAUUUUAAUUGUAUUUAUUGAAAAUUGUAAUCCUUUACUUAAAACUUUCUAUGAGACUGUUGCAAGAAUGUAACGAGCAAUAAUUAAAAAUAUCUAUUCGAUACAUAUCGCGAAGCUGUAUAUUUUGAGAACUAAGAUUUCUUUGUCCUUAGAGAAGUUAAAUUUAUUUUCAAAAUCAGUGAUUUUGUAUUCUAAAUAUACAAUAAAUCAUUUCAAAAGGUUGCAUUGUGACUUCUUGAUGUGUGUGUUCUGUGUAGGCUAUUGUAUAAAAUGUUCACUUUAUAUGUGCUUCAAUAGAUGCUUUAACUUUCUAUAAUAAUUUAACGGAUAAUUUGAUCCAAAAGAUGUGAAAUAUAUGUAUUACAAUGUUUGGGGAAUUUUAUUAACAACCUUAUUAUGUGGUUUUAAAAAUUACUUUUACCUGGAUAUUAUGAAAAAGAUUAAGUAAAUAGGUUUUAAAGUAAUGGGUAAUAAUCAAAAUAAAAUUGCUUAUUGGUGAUAAUCUUUUUUUACUUUAUCUAUUUUCAACUCAUUAGGUAGAGUACUCCAUCACUAUAUGACGGGGGUUAAAUGAAAUGAUCACUCUCAAAAAUGCCGCUAUAUGUUUAAGAAAGUUAAAUCAUCUGUUGUUUUUACUCAUAAUCAUGAGAUUCAGCUUAAAAUAUUGAAAAUGAUGUUAAAACAUGAGACAAUGUAAUGUUUGUUAACGGUUAACGAUUGUAUUGAAUAAGAUCCUAGGAUUCUGAUACCAGGUAAAUAGUCAUCACACUGUUACUGAAGUCUUCAAUAAAAUAUUGAUGAAAAUUUGAAA